UCUGCCCAGAAGAAGCAAGCCACACAUUCAUGAGCCAGCCAGUCACUCACUUCCUGUUUUCGUUUCCACAAAUGACGUCACGCGGAUAACAUUUAACACAUAGUUUCAAAGCCGAAGCAACGGGUAGCUUGAGAAACAACUUAACAGUACUUUUUUGACGGCUGGAUUCUGAUAGCAUCUAUCUUAGCUACGUACCGGAUCACCGGAGCGAGAAGACCGAAGAAAGCUAGCCAGGCUGCUAAGUUAAGCUAACGUUAAGAGAGUGGCUGGUAGCUAGCUAGCGAGUUAUCAACAGAAACUCAACAGCACUUCAUCAUUUAACUGAGUGCUCAACGUCUGUCGGUAUGGAGAAUAAAUAUAACCUCAAGAGUCCAGGCUUUGUCAGGGAUGUAAUGAUGAUCUUCAUCCAUGCAGUAUGGUCUUUCCCACAAGAAGAGUGGAAAACUGUCUAAAUCUUAAAAUAAACUUUACGGUGUAAGGAAUCAAGGUGGUCGGGAGCCAGGCACAGUCUCCAUGGGGUUUUGAGUGGGUGACUGCUGUAAUGGACGCACAUAGAAGCAUCGGUAAAAAGGCUGAUGAAAGAGGCUGCUGAACUGAGGGAUCCAACAGAGCACUACCAUGCCCAACCACUGGAAGAUAACCUCUUUGAAUGGCACUUCUCCGUACGCGGGCCCCCAGAUUCAGAUUUUGAUGGUGGAGUUUACCACGGCAGGAUUGUACUUCCCCCAGAGUACCCUAUGAAACCCCCCAGCAUUAUCCUCCUCACACCAAAUGGAAGAUUCGAAGUUGGGAAGAAGAUUUGCCUGAGCAUCUCUGGCCACCACCCAGAGACCUGGCAGCCUUCUUGGAGCAUCCGAACUGCCCUAAUUGCUAUAAUUGGAUUCAUGCCAACAAAAGGAGAGGGAGCAAUAGGAUCCCUUGAUUAUACCCCAGAGGAGAGGAGGGCCCUUGCCAAAAAGUCCCAGGAAUUCUGCUGUGAGACAUGUGGCUGCUCCAUGCGCUCUGCCCUCCUGGUCCUGACCCCCAACAGUCACACCAGCAUGGAGGACCACAAGGCCAAAGAACUGGCACAGCAAAUAAACUUCAAGGCAGAGUCCACUUCAUCCAGACAAGCAAGUGAGAUUGGAGGUGCAGAAAGCAAGCCUUCCACACUCACCCAAGGAGACACAUCCACGUAUGCCAGCCAGGAAGCUGCUGAUUGGCCCCAGGCUGAACAGCCAGAGGUGUCUCCAGCCACAGGAAUGGAGGGAUCCCUGCCCCACACAGCCCCCAGCACUACUCUCCCUCUCAGUCCCCGGCAGCGGCGCACGCAGCAGCACAGCCACCAGGGUCAGAGAGACAGCAUAGAUCCAGCCAACAGGCCAGCCUUCACCCCAGAACCUCGUCAGCCUCAGGAUGAAACCCACGCAGGCUCAGCUGUCCUCAUCGUGGUGCUCACUCUGGCUCUGGCCGCACUCAUCUUCCGCAGGAUCUACCUGGCUCAUGAGUACAAGUUUAACUACAAGCUGUGACCACGCACUAUGCCAUCCCCCUCCUCCUCCAGCCACCACCCCAACCGAACUAUGACCAGCUGAAGUGGCUGACACACACUUUCUGGUGUCCUGCUCGACAGUAGAGGGUUCAGUCUCCAUUGAGGAGGAACUUUCAUUCCUGUAGGGGAGGCACUCCACUUACCACAACACCUUCAGGGUGUCUUUUAAUCAAUGUGAAUUUUACUCUCCAGAGUGUUGUGCAUUUUUAAGGAUGGGAAGCUUUGUUGUUUGUGAUCAGCUCAGCAGCCACAUACACCACAUGUCCCUUUCCAUGCUAUCUGUCCUAGGGCUGCUGUUUAUUCCCAGUAUUUAAUUAAAACUGUAUAAUAAUAUUUCAACAACACGGAAUUAUUGGGGAUUUUUGUCUCAAUGUAGUUAUUUGAUGGAAGAGUGCAGAGUGUAUUUGCUAUAAUGAGUUCUUCUUUAUGUGCUUUAAAUUCUUGUUAGAUACAGGGAUUUAUUUUAACAAUCCAAGUGAAACAACCAGUGCAAAGCGAUAGGCCACUGUCUAUGUUUGUUCAUAUGGAUGUAGUUGGUAUGGUACUUCAGUCUUAAUUCUACUGUACUGUACCUCACGUCUUAAAUGGUCACAUCAUAUUAUAGUUGAUGUGAUGUGAGCGCUGUGCAUUUCAGGAAUAAUGCAUGAAAUGCAACUUUUGUUUGCUGGAAACAAGUCUCCUACAUAAACAGGCAGAAUGCAGGGUAACAGCUGACCAGUCUGAUGUAUGUAGCAGAGUGUGGCUGCACCUUUCAAAUCAGAGGCUACAGAUUUAUCAAUGUACAGUAUGUGUCCUGCUGGCUUUAGAUGGCUGCAGGGAUUUAAUGAACUCAAGGGAAAGUUUCCAUACAGUAUAAAGCAGUAGAUAACAGAUACUGUAAGAAUCACUGAGUCAUUUAUCGAUCAAUGCAGACUUAUUUACCAACAUUUGUGUGUUACUCCAUAUUCUGUGAUCAUUGUAAUAUGUGACUGCAGGGAUGUUAUCACACUUUAUACAAUUUAGUAGUUGAACGUGCCUCAAGGUCACAAUUUCUGACACAGGCCAUCAGAAAAUUUCAACCUCUUUUACCUAGAAAUAAAAACACAUUCAAAUAUUGUCACAUGUUUAGCCCGUCUCUGACCUUUUUAUAAAAACUGACAACAACAAAUCAAGAUGUCAAAAGUCAACAGGACCAUAGCAGAAGACAGGUCAGUAAUUUCGGAUACUGGGCAUGAGAAAAUGUGACCCUACUGUACCUGGAAAUUAAACAAAAAUAUACAGGAUCAAGAUAUUGUCAGGUACUUGCCCUUUCUCUCAUGUUAUUUAUAGAAUGAAUAAAAUAAACACAAUUUGAUUAAAAACAGCCACUUGUAAAAGUAUGACUGUAUCCUUGCAACAGCACUUCUUGCCGUGACACAUUAAAGGGGAACACCACCGUUUUUACACAUCAAAGUGUGUCUCCAGGUGUUCUAGUGUACUAAUGCAUACGUGAAAAAAGUUGUAUAAAGUUGUUUGUGACACCAGAAGGAACUAUGAAGUUGGAUAAAUGUCCUCAAGUGAUGUCACUUGAGUCAACAUGGAUUGAAAAAAAAAGAAGAAAAAAAGACAGUAUGUCUAGUUCUCUUGCGUCGAUUUUGAUCCUGUUUUGUAUAAACGGUCCAUCGUGAGUCAGACAGUGUUAAUGCUAAAUCAGUGGAGUACUCUUAACAUGGUCACAGAAUAUCGUGUAACACCUACUAUGAUCACAUUACACUUUCAUUUUUAAAGUUAAUUCAAAUGCAUCUAUUGGUUGGAGUGUUUAAUUUAAAUUGUUUAUUAAAAUUUUAAGCAUUAUUGCAUAAUUGAUGGAAAUUUGUUUUGCUUUAGUUUGCUCUUGUUGACAAAAUCACCAAAUUGCUAGUGUUUGCUCCAAAAUACAAACUACCUACUUUGUGCCGCCUCAUUUAAAUGAAAUAACCAACUUUGCUGGCCAUGACAAUACCAAAAGCAAGAAAAGAAUUUCAAGAUAAGGAAAGUACCAAACUCUUUGCGAUGGUAUUUAUGCCACCAUUAAAAUAGAGCACAUAGUGUAAUAAUUCCAAGCAGUCCUGUGAGAAGGAAGUGACGGUUCCAGAUUUGGUUAAAUGCAGCAUAUUUAUUAAAGUAUAGCAUGAGGUCAGAAUUGCUUUGAGCUAUAAAACUGUUAACAUGACUGUGGUCUUCAGAAAACACAGCAACCCAGCAGGUUCCGUUCAGGUUUCAUUGGAUCCUUAGCCUGCUUUUACACCUACAACAUUUUAUUUGAAUUUGGGGGUAAUUUUUCUGUGGUCACUGUAAUUCCAGUCAUUGUAUCUUUCCUCUCUUACUGCUUCCUUCCCUGUCUCCCCUGCUGUUUCAUGGUAUUCACACCACAUCCCUGUGCAUUAAUCUCAUUUGGCUUGCAUUCUCUGAAGCUGUUUGCAAAAAGUCAUUUUUUUCCGUUUGUAUAAAUAGACCCAAAUACUGAGUAUAUUUUAUCCUCUUUGAUAUACUUUGAGUUGGUGUUUAUCACUCUGAUUUGACUCAGAAGAACUAAGAAGCAGUUUACAUUCAUUCCGAGGGCUUUUCGACAUGUACAGCAACUCAGCAGCAUACAAAUAGCCAGAGGUAGUCAUAGAAGCCUACCUGUUGAGUGGAACAAAUCUAUCUUGGUAGUUGUUCUCUUAUUUGAGCAACAUCUUAUACCUGCAUGUGUCCAGGUUUUACUUGAAGGCAGCAGAGAUUCUCUAUGCAUAUUCAUAUUCUCAGAAUCUCCCCGUAUCUGCCUCUUCAGUUAUUGUGCCCAAAGCUGGGCACUGGCAUAUACUGGCAUAUAAGCAG